AUGGGGGCUGACUAUGCCAACAUGGCAGCUGACCAAGCUGCCGACAGGGGUCUAGGCUUACAGAACAGCAGUCACAGGCCAGCACUACUCGCAGUAAAGAUGGACAGAAGAUUUCCGCUCAAUGUUCGAAUCAUUGGAUUAAUACGACACAAAAGGCAAAAGUCUUACCUUGCCUCUGUUCUGUGGUCCGAUCGAAAUGAUGUUAUAGUGUAUAGAACGUUUGACGAGUUUAAGAAACUCCAUAAAACGGUUGUAAAGAAGUACCCGUUGGAGGCAGGGCGCAUUAAAAAGUCGGAUCGAAUUAUUCCAAAAUUCCAAGAUGUUUCCCGGAAGGAAAAACGACGGACCCAAGUAAGUAAAUCGAUCCUCAGAAUGGGCUUACUGGAGAAUUACUGCUCGGAGCUAUUGCGAAGCAGUGUUAAAAUCUCAGAGGAUCAAGAUGUUAUCCAAUUCUUCCUCCCCACCGAAAGUGACCUGGCGCCUUCUUUCCCCUCGGACAGUGUUAUCAUCAUCCCAUCUGCAAUCGGACGGAGAAGAAGCACAUGGAGGCGCACAGGCGCGAAAACUAUCGAAACCAUCUCGCAGCCGAUGGCCUCGGAGAGUUACAAAUGCAUUGCUACUUAUGAAGGAAAAGAUACCAGGAACAAUCCGUUUAAGGUGUUGGAGGAUGAAGUAGUUGAUGUCAUUACCAAGAAUUCAUCAGGCUGGUGGCUCGUGGAAAAUGAAAGGAAGCAGUUAGCCUGGUUUCCAGCUCCUUAUCUCAGGAGUCUCUUGUCUGGGCCAUUGGAGAGUGAGGUAGAUGUUUCUGCAGAUUAUGAAUCUCAGUAUCACGCUAUUCAAAGCUAUGAAGCAAAAAAUGAAGAUGAACUAUCCAUGCAUGUUGGAGCCAUGGUUGAAGUCUUAAAGAAAUCUCCUGAUGGAUGGUGGCUUGCCAGGUAUAAUGGACGGUCUGGAUAUGUCCCAUCUGUCUACCUUCAGCUGUACAGAAACCCACAUUCAAAAUUCCAGUUCCUCACCAAGGCAACCGUGUACAAAUCUACCCCAAACCUCAGUCUUCUCGACAAAGAUCCAUAUAUUCAAUCAAGUAAUGCAGAUCCAGACAAUGCUGGACAUUAUUUGUCAACUACAAAUAACAAAGAUGUCACAAAAAGACUGUAUCAGCAAAAAUCAAUGUCUAUGAACUGCUUGAAUGAUGAAAACAUAUUUGACAAUGAGUUAAACUUUCAUGAUGCAGAUGAGUCAGAAAAUUUGAGUGAUGAUGGUAGCAUGUCCACUGUAAGUUCAAACAGGUCACAUUUAUCUCAAGACAGCAGAUCAGACAGUCUCAACAGCUCUCAAAACUCUGCUGGCAUGUUGGACCUGCUUGAAAAGAACCAAAAUGAAGUUUCUCAGCUCACAAAUAAAAAUGUGAAUGAUUCUGAUGAGAAGGGGGGUGAUUUAAGAAACAUCCCUGAACCUUCCACAAGUGAGAAUAACUCUACUGCAAAUCCAAUACCCAAGAUACCUCCAAGACCACAGAGAGAAGAAAUAUUGUCAAGAUGUACAACCUUAACCAAGAACAUGAUUAUGAAACCCCAAAAUCAUUUUGCCAUUAAACAUUCCAAAAGAGUUGAAAUCACUCAACUACUCGCAGUAAAGAUGGACAGAAGAUUUCCGCUCAAUGUUCGAAUCAUUGGAUUAAUACGGCACAAAAAGCAAAAGUCUUACCUUGCCUCCGUUCUGUGGUUGGAUCGAAAUGAUGUUAUUGUGUAUAGAACGUUUGACGAGUUUCAGAAACUCCAUAAAACGGUUGUAAAGAAGUACCCGUUGGAGGCAGGGCGCAUUAAAAAGUCGGAUCGAAUUAUUCCAAAAUUCCAAGAUGUUUCCCGGAAGGAAAAACGACGGACCCAAGUAAGUAAAUCGAUCCUCAGAAUGGGCUUACUGGAGAAUUACUGCUCGGAGCUAUUGCGAAGCAGUGUUAAAAUCUCAGAGGAUCAAGAUGUUAUCCAAUUCUUCCUCCCCACCGAAAGUGACCUGGCGCCUUCUUUCCCCUCGGACAGUGUUAUCAUCAUGCCAUCUGCAAUCGGACAGAGAAAAAACACAUGGAGGCGCACAGGCGCGAAAACUAUCGAAACCAUCACGCAGCCGAUGGCCUCGGAGAGUUACAAAUGCAUUGCUACUUAUGAAGGAAAAGAUACCAGGAACAAUCCGUUUAAGGUGUUGGAGGACGAAGUAGUUGAUGUCAUUACCAAGAACUCAUCAGGCUGGUGGCUCGUGGAAAAUGAAAGGAAGCAGUUAGCCUGGUUUCCAGCUCCUUAUCUCAGGAGUCUCUUGUCUGGGCCAUUGGAGAGUGAGGUAGAUGUUUCUGCAGAUUAUGAAUCUCAGUAUCACGCUAUUCAAAGCUAUGAAGCAAAAAAUGAAGAUGAACUAUCCAUGCAUGUUGGAGCCAUGGUUGAAGUCUUAAAGAAAUCUACUGAUGGAUGGUGGCUUGCCAGGUAUAAUGGACGGUCUGGAUAUGUCCCAUCUGUCUACCUUCAGCUGUACAGAAACCCACAUUCAAAAUUCCAGUUCCUCACCAAGGCAACCGUGUACAAAUCUACCCCAAACCUCAGUCUUCUCGACAAAGAUCCAUAUAUUCAAUCAAGUAAUGCAGAUCCAGACAAUGCUAGACAUUAUUUGUCAACUGCAAAUAACAAAGAUGUCACAAAAAGACUGUAUCAGCAAAAAUCAAUGUCUAUGAACUGCUUGAAUGAUGAAAACAUAUUUGACAAUGAGUUAAACUUUCAUGAUGCAGAUGAGUCAGAAAAUUUGAGUGAUGAUGGUAGCAUGUCCACUGUAAGUUCAAACAGGUCACAUUUAUCUCAAGACAGCAGAUCAGACAGUCUCAACAGCUCUCAAAGCUCUGCUGGCAUGUUGGAACUGCUUGAAAAGAACCAAAAUGAAGUUUCUCAGCUCACAAAUAAAAAUGUGAAUGAUUCUGAUGAGAAGGGGGGUGAUUUAAGAAACAUCCCUGAACCUUCCACAAGUGAGAAUAACUCUACUGCAAAUCCAAUACCCAAGAUACCUCCAAGACCACAGAGAGAAGAAAUAUUGUCAAGAUGUACAACCUUAACCAAGAACAUGAUUAUGAAACCCCAAAAUCAUUUUGCCAUUAAACAUUCCAAAAGAGUUGAAAUCACUCAUUGAGAGUUUCAGUGAGAAAAGAACUAUUGUUUCUAUUCAAACAAUAUGCAAGUUAACAAAAGUAUGCAGAAGCUGCAGUUUUUAUAUAUUCAUUUGGAAAAUUGGUAGGCAGAUUUUCCAUUAUCUUAUUAGUUCGAACAUUUGUUCUGCUUAAUGUGCAUUUUUUAUUUAAAGGAUUUAAUAUUUCGAUCCUCAAAUUCUGUCACAAAGAACACUAACUACCUAUUAUUCUUUAAAAAUUCUUCAACUGCAUUGCAGUCUUUAUCUUCUACCAGGGAAGAGUAGCGGUUAGUGUGAUACCAUUAGAGCUUGGAACAUCGGGCAUAAAUCCUGGCGUCCUCUGAAAGAAGUCCGUAUGCCCUCCCCUUGAAAUGCCCGGGUUUUCUCCGGGUACACCAAUUUCUUCCCACAGUUCAAAGACGAAUCGGGUAAGGUAAUUAGUCACUGCAAAUUGUCCUGUGAUUAGGUAGGAUCAGGGUUUGUGGGUUUGCUGGGCUGUGUGGCUCGAUGGA